CACAAAUCUUCACAAUAUUGUUAAUUCGUGGUCAAGUUUUAAUGUGUAUUUACGAAAAAUAGUAAACAAAUAAAUUUAUCACAGUAUUAAUAAUAGAAAAAGUACUUUAAAAUAACUAGUAAAUUUCUAUACAGUUGAAAAUGUUGACGAAAACUUUCAGUAUUUUUAUUCUAUUAAUUUUUCUAAUAGAACAAGGAAAUUGUGGACUUUAUUGCUACAGAUGUCACAGUAAUAGUGGAGGUUGUGGAGAAGAUUUAAAAUGGUUCCAUUGGGCAAAAGAGUGUCCAGAACCUGAUGAUAAAUGUGUUAAAAUUAUAGAAAGAAAAGAAGCCGAAGUGGCAAUAACUCGCGAUUGUUUGAGUUCAUUCCGUGGAAUAAGAACUGAUAUUCCCGCCGAUCAUUACGAGGGUUGUCGUCCAGCAGCAAAGGACAUGAAACUUGCCCACUAUGUUAAUAACAGUAUUGCCGAGCAAGAUGUAAAAAGAGAUUAUUACGACGAAGUUAAUUGGUGUAUUUGUUAUUUCGAUAAUCGAUGCAAUGGUGCGUCGAAUUUUAUUCUCUCCACUGCACUUUUAAUUUUAACACCAAUUUUUUACUACUUCACCACGUGAAAUAAAAUUACCGAGCAAGUGAAAUAAAUUUUCACAAUGUGAAAUAAUUUCCAGAAAGGAAAAUAAAUUCCACAAAGGAAAAUAAUCUUCACAAAACGUGAAAAAUAGUCUUCAGAACAAAAUGAAAAAAGAAAAACAAAACA